AUGGUAUUGCCGAGAAGUGAAAGGAGUCGUCAACGACAACUCAGUUUGAUCUUGCUUAUUUGUUUGAUUUCACUUGUAUUUCCGGUUAGUAGCCAAGAAUUGGUGUCUCCGGAACCAGAUAGCAGUAUAAAGUGUGGAACAUGUCCUUGUGUCAACCCAUGUGACCAGCUUCCUCCACCUCCACCUCCACCACCACCACCACCACCACCGCCCCCGUCGCCGCCCUCUCCACCGAAAACUACAUACUGUCCUCCACUGGCGCCACCACCACCUAGGUUCAUCUAUGUGACAGGUAUGCCUGGGCAAAUUUAUCAGACGGAUGCAUAUAACUGGGGGUUUUACUCGAGGGCUGAAUGUAAUGUGGCUAAAAUAUUGUUGGUUUUGGCUGGAUACGGAGUGUUGGGACUCUUACUUUGGUGA